CUUCUUCAAAUUCUUUCCUCUUUGCAGGAUUUUGCUCACUAUAAAUCAGGAGUCUACAAACACAUUACAGGUGAUGUAAUGGGUGGCCAUGCCGUGAAGUUAAUAGGAUGGGGGACUAGUGAUGAUGGUGAAGAUUAUUGGCUUCUUGCAAAUCAGUGGAAUAGUGGCUGGGGUGAUGAUGGUUACUUCAAAAUCGUAAGGAGCAGGAACGAAUGUGGAAUUGAGGAGGACGUAGUUGCUGGUUUGCCUUCAUCCAAAAACUUAUUCCGAAACUAUGCUGGCAGUGAUAUAAUUGGUGAUGCUGCUAUCUGAAUUUCCAUCAUCGUAUAUACACAACCAAUUAGUAUAUCAUCAAGAUGUCAAAACUCACAAACUGGGGUACUACUAGAUUUGUCCCUGUUCUUGUUUUCCUGUUUUAAGAAUGGAUGAUGAUGUUACUAAAUAAUGUACAUCAUUCUACUAUCACACCCAUUUAUCUGGAAAGCAUGUCAAAGCUAUAGAUUGCUUUUGAUUCUUGCCUACAUCAGAAUGUAAUAUGGAAACAUUAAAUCUAUAACUUAAGCUGCUUAAGGAUUGUGGAAAUUGACUUAUGUAAUAGAACACAUUGUCAAUAACCCUACUAUUAUAGUGGGAAGAAGUUCCUUUGAGAGA